GCGUCGUGCAAAGACCGGAAGAUUCCAACUCCCUCCGGGCUCUCUCUCUAGUCUCUCUCUUUCUCUGCUGAGUGCUGAAAGAAAGGAAGAUCAUCUCACUCUCUCGAUCGAUCGAUCGAAAUCUCAAGCCCCGAAGAAGGAGAGAAAAAAGAAAAAUCGAAGGUUUUCUUCAUUCGUUUGAUCGCACUUCGCGAUGCCUUCCGAGGACUCGCCUCGCUGGCGUGAAAAGGCCACUGGGUUCUUCUCUUCCUCUGGGGUGAGGCUUAAGCAAGCUGGGCAAUCAGCCGGGGCUUUUGUAGGAGAUGUAGCUAAGGAUGCAGGCGAAAACGUAGCUGAUAUGGCGGGGAAGGUUGGGUCGAUGGUCAAGGGCCGGUGGGCCCUCAUUCAGCAAACCAGGCAAAACCGGCCGGCAGCACCGCCAGGAGAGAGCGUGCAAGAACGCCUUCUCUCUGCUGCCGCUUCCACUGGAUUGCUCCUGAGGAAGGGCUUCUUGGAAACGAAAGAAAAGGUUUCCGUGGGAAAAUUGAAGGUCGAAGAGGCAGCAAAGAAGACAGCAGAUAAAAGUAAGAGCAUUUUGAACAAUAUCGAGCGUUGGCAAAAGGGAGUGGCAAGCAAUGAUGUAUUUGGUGUCCCAAUUGAGCUUACAGUAGAACGUCAACAUUCUACUAGGCCUGUUCCUCAAGUAUUGGUCAGAUGUGCAGACAAUCUCAUUGUAUCAGGAUUAAGCACUGAGUACUUGUUUAAAUCUGAAGGAGACAGAAAGGUUAUUCGGCAGUUAAUUUCACUUUAUAACCAAGACUGGAAUGCAUCUUUGCCAGAGGGUGUAAGCCCAGUUGACUUGGCUACAUUAAUUAAAUGUUAUCUUGCUAGCCUUCCUGAGCCUCUUACUACAUUUGCUCUGUAUCAUGAAAUUAGAGAUGCAAGGAGUAGCUUACAUGACAUGAGAAAUAUUUUGAAGAAGCUUCCAAAUGCAAGUUACAUGACACUGGAAUUUGUUACUGCCUUAUUGCUCCGGGUGAGCCAGAAAUCAUCACUUAACAAGAUGGAUGCUCAUAGCCUUGCUGUGGAAUUAGCACCAUUAAUAAUGUGGCAGAAAGGUGAUUCAAGAGCAGAUUUCCAUGGUCAUCUUAGCUAUACAUCAAAAGGUCCUUCGAAGACUGUGGAUCUGGCAUCAAAUCAGCAUGACUGGAACAGCCUUUUGGAUGAAGAUGAUGAUACUGCUGAUGCUUCUUCCCAGAUCCCCUUGGAUGAUGAUGCACCCCCAGAUUAUGGUGCCAUUGAGGUAAUCCUGUGCCUCAUCGAACAUCACAACACCAUUUUCACAGAUGCAAAUGAGACCGUAUGGAGAUGAUUUAUGUCUUUGCUCUUCCUUUUUGUGAGCUGAGGUAAAAUUUGGUAUAUACAGUUCUCAUCUGGGAAGUACCAUUUGUCUCAGGAAUGUGAUUUUUCUUUAGAAAAGGUUCUCCAUGGUGCUGGAAAAAUAUGUUUAUCUAGGACAGUCUUGAACUCUAAUAUAUUUGGAUUCUAUAUAGUUUGACUACUUUAGGGGAGACUUAGAAAAUAUUGUGUUGUUUCAUCUGUCGACAAAAGUUAUAGCCUGUAGAUAUUUGUACAGUUGAGACAUUCUUUUUGUGUGUACUUGAUUGUGAGUUUGGAGCAUAAGCCUCACCGAGAAGAAUAUUUU